GGAGACCCCUCGGGACUGGCACUCAGUAUCAUUAUCAUGGCGUCAGUAGCUGCCCGGACACGAGCCCGAGCGCGAGACUCGAUUCGAAAACAGAACGGAUACCCAUAUAGCAGUCGGUACAUCGGGAAGUAUAAUGCAAAGUCAGGCGAAUCUCAACUGGGGCAUUGCAGCAGCGGGCAGGAUAACACAGGAUUUUGUCACCGCUCUUGGAACUGUCGAGAAAUCCCGCCAUAUAGUGGUGGCCGUGGCCGAUGUGGAUGGUCAACGGGCUCAGGAGUUCGCCCAAAGGAAUCAGAUUCCCAGGCAUUAUGAUGGUUUCGACGCCUUGGCUCUAGAUCGAGAGGUGGAUGUGGUAUAUGUGGGCACCCUUAAUCCAUAUCAUUAUGCUGUCGUCCAUUUGAUGUUGGCCAGGGGUAAAAAUGUCCUAUGUGAGACCCCAAUGUGCUUAGGACUGGAUCAGGCUAAGGAGCUGUACGCUUUGGCAGAGCAACGCGGAGUAUUCCUCAUGGAAGGCAUGUGGUCACGUUUUUUUCCCAGCUACGAUCGGUUGAGGGAACUUCUGAAUAACGAUGUCGUUGGGGAGAUAACCCAGGUGAAGAUCCAACAUGGCUUCCGAUUGGCUCACAUGGAACGGGUGUGCAGUCGCUCUCUAGGCGGUUCCAUCCUAAUGGACAUUGGGAUUUACGCCCUACAACUGGGACAGUUUGUUUUCGGUGUUUCCCCUGUCAAAAUCCUGCCCAGUGGAACGCAAUUAAAUAAGGAUCGAGUGGAUGUGCAGGGUGAGUUUAUGCUGGACUAUGGAGAUGGACGAAGAUUGGUGGCUUUGGUGACAGGACUGGAGAAUCUUGAAAACGAUGCCGUCAUUACGGGUACCAAGGGCGAGAUUAAGCUGUCCAAUUAUUGGUGCUGCACCCAGUUAAGCCGCUCAAACGGCCCUCCUGAAUCCUGGCCGUUGCCACGGGCCAAGUUUGAUUUCCACUACACGAACACCUGCGGUUUGAGAUAUGAAGCGGAGGAAGUGCGUCGUUGCAUAGAGAAACGUCUGCUCGAGAGUCCAAGAUUCACGCAUGCCGAGAGUCUAGAGCUCAUAGCCAUUACCGAUGAAAUGAGACGACAAAUCGGGGUCACCUAUGACGUCUGAGCUGUAAGAGAAGUUAGGAAAACUUAGUAAUAAAUAAAAUACGGGGAAUAAACAUAGUUUAGC